AUGGCAGACGAGCACAACCACGCUCCCUCGAGCGCCAAUCAGGCCGAGAUUCUGGCAAUCAACGAGUCCCUUAAGGCCAAGAACCAAAGAAUGGCCGAGCACCUGCGACAAAUGGAGCACGACCGAAGUAAAGGAGAACACAAAAGUGCCGAAAACAAAGAUAACAAUGAUGAGCACACCUCGAAAACUAAACACACCAUCCCUAAAGCCACCAAAACGACCACCAAAAAAAGAACCAACCCCUUUGCCAAAGAAGUCAUGAGUUUUGAAAUGCCCCAAAACUUCACCUUACCAUCAACCCUAAAGCCCUACAAUGGAAUAGGAGAUCCGAAUGUCCACGUCACCAAGUUCCAGGCCAUGAUGUUCAUGAAUAAGGAUUCCGACCCAAUUUUAUGUCGUACUUUCCCAACCUUCCUAGAUGGAGCCGCCCUGAUUUGGUUUUCUAACCUCCCUGAAGGCUCCAUUUCUAACUUCGAUGAACUAGCAGACCAGUUCAUCAACCACUUCGCCGCAUCCAAAAUAUACGCCCAUAACUCUGAUUACCUAAGCACCAUCAAACAAGGACCGACCGAAAGCCUAAAAGAUUACAUGACCAGGUUUGCCGAAGCGACCAACGAGAUACCUAACCUAAACCCCGAAGUCCACCUCUAUGCCUUAAAGAGCGGCCUCCGACCAGGGAAAUUCCAAGAAUCCAUAGUCAUUGCUAAACCAAAAACCCUGGUCGAGUUUCGCGAAAAAGUAACAACCCAGAUCGAGGUGGAAGAAUUUCGAGCAUUACGAAGAGCAGAUAAACCUACCCUAAGCAGAGAGGAGAAAAGGUGA